AUGGCCCCCUCGUCGGUCGACAUCGCGACGUCGACGCUGAUUGCGCUGUUCGUCGAGGCGGUGCUGUAUGGCCUGUUCAUCCUCCUGUUCGCGCUAGCCAUGAGCGUGCUGCUGGGGAAGCGCAAGCGCUCGGCGAGCGGGACGCGGCCGCUGCUCGUGGCCAGCAUAACCAUGUUCAUCCUCGGCACAAUACACAUCGCGAUCGACCUGCGGCGGGCGAUGGACUCGUUCCUGUACCACAAGAACAUCGCGCCGGUGUCGACGCCGGGGUACCUCCUCAAGAGCACCGCGUACGCGAUGCAGACGCUCGUCGGGGACAGCUUCAUGAUCUACCGCGUUUACCUCGUCUGGAACGGCGACAAGCGCGUGCUCUUCCCGCUGCUCGUGUGUCUCCUCGGGGGCUUCGCCGCGGGGGCCGGCGCGCUACAGUCGUUCGCGGCGACAAAGCAUGCGACGACGGGCGACCCAAUUUUCUUGAUCAACCUGCACAACUGGAUCGUGUCGUUCUUCUCGCUCACGCUCUUCACCAACGCGACCUGCACCCUGCUCAUCGCGGGCCGGAUCUACCUCAUUAACCGGAGCACGGCCGCGUCCGCGACGGUGUUCGGGCGCGGGCUCGGCCCGGCGAUCAUGAUCAUCGUCGAAUCUGGCGCCAUCUACUCGUGCGCGCUCGUGAUCCUGCUCGCGCUGUACGUCCAAGGGAGCUACGCGCAGUACAUCCUCCUCGACGCCGAGACGCAGAUCGUCGGCGUCGUCUUCACGAUGAUCAUCGUGCGCGUCGGCAUGGGGCUCGCGACGGACAUCACGACGUACGCCGGCUCGCGCUCGGGCGCGGGCAGCGGGCCGAAGUUCCGCUCGCACGUCUCCGGCGCGCGGAGCGGCGGGCCGACGGCGACGCUCGAGCUGAGCCCGCGCGCGGGCGUGAGCGUGACGACGACGCAGGAGGUGAAGCACGACGGCGACAGCGGCGAGGGGCAGUAUGUGUACACGAAGGGAGGGGACAUGUGGCAUUCGGGGCACGGGGAGGUGUGA